UUGUCAUAAGUAACGGUAAUAUCAUUGUUCAAUUAUAAUGGGUAAAUAGACCAACUUCACCCAGCCUUGAUUUUGAAUACAGAUAUAUACUAAUACGAGAGUCUAGAGUACCUAUUAAAUUAUUUUUUUUAAUCUAUUUUUAACCUCACGAGAAGAUAAUGGGCACCACUGAACAAGCUCAAGUAAUAUGUACCUAUUAUGUUUUUAAAAAACUAUUAAUUUUGAAUCUCUCUUAGACUAAUGGUUAUAUGCAAUGUUAUCAAACUAUGUGUUAAAUAGUUUUCAUUUUUUUAUUGUCUAUUAAUAGUUUAUCUAUUUAGCUAUUACUUCCAUAUCCCCGGUGUUAGUACUCCUAAUUUUAUCGAUAAAAAUACCUAUUAAAACGAAAAAACAACAAUAAUUAGGCGAGUUAAAGUUCAAACCACAAUAAUGUUAUAUUCUCCAACAAUUAAUUUGUAAUUGUAAUAUUUCUUAACAUUCGUACCUAUUGUUUUUAGUGUUUUCAUAUUAUUGUGUUUCUAAGCAUAACAUCGGGGUGUACAAGACAGACAUCACGUUUGAACAAAACAAUUAAACACGGCCGUAGCGAAUGCUACCGAUGCAAGUCUUUCUAUAUAGAACGUACUUGACCUCUAGCGUCAGUAUGUAUAGUAAUAAUAGUAUACACGACGAUACACCUUUGAAACACAAGCAACACAGCAGACUAUGUAUUCGUUACGAUAAAAAGUUUGUGAAUGAGGAAGAGACGACGGAAAUUCUCUUCUAUAUAGGUGUGUAUAUAUAUAUUACAGUUCAACGUGUAUAACAUGUACGAUUUAUUUGUAUACAACAGCAUACUAUACUAUAUAAUCAAUAUGUACAUAUUAUCAAACGAAGGCUUGUUAAAACAAAUCGUUCGUUUAUAUGAUGUAUUUGAUGGUACGUGUAAAAAUCAUAAUUAGAUAAACCGUUAUGAUUAUUAUUAUUAUUAUAAUUUAAACACCAUUUAAUUAUGUUAGGCGCUAAACAAAUCAAAGGUUGAGAACGAGCGAACCGUACGGCAAAAAAAAAACCGAUAAAACUUUGAUAACGACGGUCUGAAGAACUUUGACCACUGAACGCCGAGAACCAAGUCUCUCGGUUCCGACAGUGAUCGUUCGUUUGUUCACGAUGCCGGACACGGUUCGCCAAGUGCCCAUUUCCGACGACCGCUACCGGUGCAGCGGCGCAGGUAUGGACAGCUACCCGUCCUCGCCGGCCGUCUCGCCGUCGCACAGCUUCAAACGUUCAAAGUCGACGUUUUACCUGCUGGACAGGCGCACGUCACCGCCGCCGGGCCGCCUUCUGCAGCCGCAGAACGUGACGGCCGGAACGAUCCAUGGGUGCGCGGCGUUCUUCUGGACGGUGGCCAACGCGCUGUUCGGUCUGCCAUGGGUGAACGUGCUGCUGGUGCGCGUCCCGUCGCUGUGUCUGUGCCUGUGGGUGCAGUGCGCCUGGAAAUGCACACGGGUGCCGCUGGUGGUGUCCAAGUAUGUCUUGCGGCUGUGCGCCACGAGGCCAAGUAGGCUCAACAGGGGCCGAUUCACCGUGCUGAUAAACGGCGGCAGCACCGUGCAGACGUUGCACUUGGCGAGGAACUUUCACCAGUCAGGCGCCCGAGUGAUCGUGUGCGAGAUCGACGGGCGGGCAGAGCUGUGCUCGUUCUCGGUGGCAGCCAACGGCCACUACACCGUGCCCGGGCCGAACGACGACAAUUGCGUGCAGUACGUGGACGCGCUGAGGGCGAUCGUCGAGAGGGAACGGGUGGACAUGUACGUGCCCACCGGCACCACCGUGUCGGCGUACUACGACGCGGUGGCCAAGCCGCACCUGGAGCUGCUUGGGUGCCGGUGCUGGACGCCCGGGCUAGACGGCGUCGCGGUGCUCAACGACCUGUCCGAGGUGUUCCGAGUGUGCGAGGCGGCCGGCCUGCCGGUGCCCAAGCACCUGCUCGUAAGCUCAAAAGACGACAUCAUCAAGCUGUACGACAACGUGUCGUUCCGGGCCGACCGGCACUUCAUCGUCAAUGUGGGCCAGUCCGGCUGCAAAGCGUCACACAGCCUGCAGCUGCCGGCCACCAGGAGGUCACUACGGCUACCCGGACCCGUGUCCGACGACUGCCCUUGGCUGCUUGUCCAGCACUGUCUCGGGUCGUACUACACAACGUGCACCACGGUGCAGGCCGGCCGGGUGGUUGGCAACGUGACCUGCACCGCGCACGACGGCCGAGCCACAGACAACAACGCGCUGAUCGACGACUGGACCGCACGGUUCGUGUCCGCUGUCCCGGUGCCGUUCGACGGCUACCUGUCGUUCAGGGUGUGCGUGUCGCCGUCCCGGAAGGUCGUGCCGCUGGGCUGUCGCGUCGGCGUGCCCAUCACGUACGCGUCGUACCGCAGCAAUUUCGAACACGUCGUCAUGCAGUGUUCCCCGCCGGCGCGCGGGCAACGCGCUUCCGUCGGUGUUGCGGGUGCAGUUGCAGCACACCCGAAUGCGGCCGCCAACGGCGCAUCACAGCAGUCCACCGAGCUCGUGGUCGAAACGACGGACCGGUAUUACGCGACGGCGCUGCUCUACGAGACGGCCACCCGGAUGAUGACCGUCCAGUCGGUCAAGCGUCUCGUGCGCACGGUGGUCACGGAACGGGAAAUGGUGUUCACGUAUUGGGACCCACUGCCGUUUUUCGCCCACUACAGUCUACAGAUGAUUGUGGACCGCAUAAACACCGCCCUGGACGAUUCGGCGAUACUGUCGUCGUCGGCCCAGAAAAACAGAUACACCACGUUUUGAUAAAUACGGCGGCAGACACACGUGUACAAAACAUUUAAUUUAUUUUUCGCUUUUGUAGGUAGCGGUCCAAUGACGUGAUUUGCCGAAAAUUUUUUGGUCUGAUAUUAUUACAAUAAUGCAGUUCGAUCAGCAAUACGCAGUGGCUCAACUAGGAUGGGAUUAGGAGGGUUUUGUCCCCCCCCCCCCCCCGAAAAUAUCCCUUAUUGACUUAGAUAUAAGCUGCCUAUGGGUUAUUUUAAAUUAAUAGUUUUGUUAAGUGGGCUGCAGACAGAAGGUUUAAUAAUAUAUAACUAUAAUACAAGUAUAUAACGAUCUUUAAUAUACUUGAGCUCGCUUAAUAAAUUCACUGCUAAAGUAGCCUCAUUUGUCUAGUCAAUUAUCAUCGUGUCUACAGUCUACAAAAUAUUAUUAUUAUUAUAGAAUUCACAACGAAGCCAACCACAUUUAUAUAUACUUAAUCCACUAAAAAAAUAAUAGGUAGAUAUAGUAGUACUAUAAUGACGAAUUGUCUUAUUAGUUAUUGAGUUAUUAUACUCAUUAAUUAACCAGUUGAUGUCUGUCAUUCGAUUCGCCUUACAUAUUAUGAUCUUUAAAAUAAUAUGUUGCAUAGUUUAUAAUUCAAGGAAACUACUUUAUGAGAGGGUAUUAUUAGUUUUUGUAAAUCACAUACAAUUGGACUGCUACUUGACAUACCUACCUAUUACUUAAUUUCACAAAUCUAUCUAUACAGUAUACACAAGAAUAAAAAUAUAAUUUAUAUAGUUAUAUUAAAAUGUGAUACGCUAUAAAUAUAACGGAGAAGAAUAUGUACAUACACAUUGAGAUUUUUUUUAUUUAAGAUUAUGAAUAUCAGCUUAUUUCGUAGAAUUGAAAACACGUAAUACGCCGACCUAUUUUUUUAAUUUUUUUUUUUUUUUGUAAUAUACUCCAGUAGUUAGUUGCCAGGAACGAAAAACGUAUUAUUAGCAUAUUACCUAUAAGGAACUGUGUUAUGGGGUAAAUCAUGAAUAUAUAGUAUAUACAUAUCUGGUGAGGUACCUGUGUAAUAUAACGUAUAAAAAAGAUUUGGUGCAAGGAAGUACCUGUUACGGAAUAAAUCCAGCUAAGCGAAUUAUACUACACGGUCGUUAUGAUGAUAUGGGUCAUAGAAAACGAAAUGCAUAGUCAC